AUUUUUUAAGGGGCUCUAUUUAAGGGCUUUUUGGUAUUUGGCCACUAGGUUAAGAUACGGAGGACAGAGUGAUUGGGGCAAACAAGAGAAACUUCAAGGUUGGAUGCCCAAGCAAAUCAUCUGAAAAUAUUUUUCUGUGCUGAGUUUCGGCGAUUCUGGCCACCUAAACUUUCAAUGUUGACGUCUGAUGGUCCAUCCACAAGCUCCAGAGGCUCAUGGGGCGAAGUGUUCAAAUCGCUGAAUUCUAGACAGGAGAUGAGAAGAAGAGCAGAACGAAGAGCAUUUUCACCUUCCGAGAUUCGUGAAUUGCUGAAUAGACGGAAGAUGAGAAUAAGGGCACGACGAAGGGCACGACGAAGAGCACUUUCACGUUCCCGGCUUCAUCGAGAUAUUCUAUAUGAACUCCAUCUGAGUGUUGAGAUACCACUCUGGUAUCGCUUGUUCAAAACUGGUCCGUGUAUCCAGUUCAAUGAGAGACGAUUGGAAAUCUUAGAAGAGAUGUAUGGAACCUGUUUGGAAGUUCAUCUAUAUGUUGUCACUCAAAGUUUGGCACGGUCGGAGACGGCAUUGGAUGACCUCUCAAAGCUUCUCGAAGGCUCGAAUAAUAAUAAUGAUGUAGAAAAAAUAGUGCUGCCAAUAUUCUACGGUGUUGAUCCCUCCGAUGUACGACAUCAAACAGGAAGUUUUGCAGAAGCCUUUGCAGAACAUGAGAAAAAGUACAAGGAUGAACCACAAAAAGUAAAAAGGUGGAGAACUGCUUUAACGAAACUGGCAAAUCUCGCUGGCUGGGAUUCAAAGCACUGGCCUGAAGCAAAACUCAUUCGAGAAGUUGUUGGUGAGAUACAAAGGAAAUUGCCUUCUUCUUUUUCAAAACCUGCCAUUAAAAGCCCUCCAUCAACACCUUCUCGGUUCUCUUCUUGUCGGCAGAAGCAUGAUGUUUUUCUAAGCUUUAGAGGGAAGGAUACCCGCUUGAAUUUUGUGGACCAUCUAUAUGAUGCAUUAAUUCAGCAAAGAAUUUCCACCUAUAGAGAUGACAAAGAUCUUCAGAAAGGAAUGUCCAUUCGGAGACAACUCGACAAUGCAAUUGAGGGAUCAAAGGUUUGGGUUGUCAUUGUUUCACCAGACUAUGCUUCUUCGAAAUGGUGCUUGGAUGAGCUUUUGAAGAUUCUUGAAUGUAGAAAAGCAUCUAAAGUGGGAAGGAAGAAUGAGACUUUGAUGAAGCCAUUUGUAGAAUAUGAAGAACAAGCUCAUACUCUCGUGAAUGGAGACAAAACACAUAAGGGGAAGGCUAGUUUGCGGAACAAGGAAAACAUCACUAAUCAUAAUAAAAGGGAAAUGGGUGAGUUCAGACUUGGCGUUACCUAUGGCGGAAAGUGGGUUGGUUCUGUUUACAUAGGUGGUAAGACAGAAGAAAUAGUGGUUUCAGAAAACAUUACUUAUAAUGAGCUUCUAGAUAAACUGUAUCAUAUUGUUGGAGUGCAUCGAAAUGAAAAUGAGAUCAAGAUCAGUACGAUUGAUGAAUCAAAAUCACCAGCUUAUCCUAUGGAGAUAAUCAACGAUGAUGACCUCAAAACUUUUAUUGAUCGGAGCCUUUCUAUAUUGGAAGAGUUGAAGCAUCCAUUGUGGAAUUCCUCUAGGAGUAGGAGACCUGAAGUUAGAGUUUUGGUUAAUUAUGAUGGGGAGUGGGUGAAUUCUACGUACGUUGGUGGCAAAACGAAAGGAAUAGUAAUUUCAGACGAUAUGGCGCAUCAAGAACUUGUGGAUAGAGUGUAUGGUAUAGUGGGCGUUGAUCGAAAUGAAUAUAAGCUGAUUAUGAAGACCGCAUAUGAAUCAAAUCUACCUACUCAACCUGUCGAGAUAAUCGAUGACGAUGACCUUGCAUUUUUCAUUCACGAUGAGAAUCAUUCACUGGGCAUGAGCUCCAUAUUCACUUUGUGCACUACUCUUGAACGACGGGCAUUUUCUAAUGGAAGGAUGGAGUCAUCACAAAGUAGUGAUACAACACAUCUUAGAAGAUUUGGGACCUAUCAAAGUAGUGAUACUCAAGCUGGACCAUCGUCACCAAAUGUGCCUUGUAUGCGGCAGCAACAGCCUUUCUACCAGCAACAACAUUCUUACCAACAAACGAUGUCGCAGUUUUGCUACAAGGACUAUCAACCAUUCUGUCAGCAGUCGCAGCCUCAGCCUUCCUACAUGCAGCCUCAGCCUCUGUACCAACAGCCGAAUCCUUCCUACAUGCAACAGCAGCCGCCAAUCCAUCAUGUGAAUUACUCGCUCAAGAUGUUCUGCAAUGAUGCAACCCGAAUAUUUCAAGAUUUCAACUUUUGGCAAUUUAGUUUCGUCAUCAUUUUAUUAGGAAAUAUUUUCUAUUUCUUAAGGCUUUGUAGAAAUAAUUAGCAAAGUUUGGUGAAAAAAUUAUUUGAUGAUGUUUAUACUAUGAGUUUUUUC